AUGGCUACCGCAAAACAGCAACAUAAUAGAAAGAAGUUCACCAAGGAAUAUAAAGUCAAAGAGAUCCAGAAGAACCUGACGCAGAAGGCAAGAUUGAAAAAAGAAUACUUGAAAGCUCUGAAAGAAGAAGGGUAUUCAGUUCCUGAGAAAAAUCAUAAUGGGAAGUCAAAAGAUGAGAUCAGAAAGUUAAAGGUAGGACUGCGAGAGAAAGGUCAGAAGAAACUGGACGAGAAGAAAGAAAUCAAGAAGGAAAGGAAGAAAGAACAGCGAGAAGAUGCUGAAGCACGUAGAAGAAAAGAAUUGGAAGAUAUAAAACAAGUCAAGAUCAAGAUGGACGAGCGUGAAAGAAGGAAGAAGAGGCUAUCUAAGAAAACGAGAACAGGUCAACCGCGUAUGGGGCCAAAAAUUGAUGAUUUACUAAGUAAGAUCAAGGAGGAUGAUACUUAUACAAGGUAG